AUGGUUUUAUCCAUCCUCGUCGCCAUCGUUGCUGCACCAGCUUUACUUGGUACCCAGGAAGCUAUCCGACAAUCGCAGUCCAAGGAAAAAAGGGAAGAGCACCGCGCACGUCGAUGCAACCUCAUAGCAUCAUGUGUCAAGUCCUCCUUGCGGAGCCGAGAGAUCAAUGGUCGCCCUAUUGUUCUCAAAGACGGGAAGUUGUGGAUUGAUACCGGGACCAGCGACGGAGGCGCCUUUGGACAUCCUUACGCUGGGUACUAUUUGCCCUACCCCGACUCAAAAUAUGAGGGGCUCGUGACUACGAUCACCGACGAAGCGCCAAUCAUGAACUGGAUCUAUGUCGACAAAGACACGUACGAAGUCAAAUACGGCGUCCGCCUUGACGCGCAACCCAAUCUCACAGGCCCUUUUGACUGCACAAGACAAGACCGACGGCUCACCUUCGAUGGCUGGGAAGGAUGGUGCGCGGUCGAAGAGUUCCCCACUCGAUGGGCGCUCUACUUCGACAAAGACGACGACGGCCUCAAAUCGAAAGUCGCAGAGGGGACGCGCGUGCUCGAGAUCGAACUUGCCAGGAAAGAAAAGAGAUGGAAGAAAGACGGCGAAGAGAGACAACAAGACCAGACUACGAAGCGCGCUGUGGAAACAAAGGAGGAUGCGCCUGUUGAUAAUCCGAUUACAGCGCAGCCCGAGUUGAGCCCGCCGGGUGUAGGCGUGCCGAGCGAGGAAAAGGCGCCGGAGCCGUUGAAGCCGUUUAAACUGCCGAAGAGUAUCUUUAGUGAUCCGCCCAGACCAUUGUUCUUUGAACAGGAGAUGUUGCCGCCGAGGUCGCCGCCGCCAGCAUAUAAUCGAGAGGAUCCGGCGAUGCCUCCUCCGGUGGAGAACAUUGUGUUGCCUCCUGCUCCUGCACCGGAGCCUGGGACACCCUCUCCGCCUCUAGCUACAUCGAAGCCUGAGCCUGAGCCUGAGAGACCCCCUCCUCUAGCUACACCAAAGCCUGUUAUCCGGCGUCCGGAAACGCCACCACAGCCGCCGCAGAAAGCUUCACCUCCGGAAAGAACGUAUAGAGAAAGUGCGUUCGAAACACCACGGCAAGCCCCAGUUCCCCCUGUUCGCGCAGCUCAGGAAACAACACCCGUUGCUCCAGCUCCUCUGAAGGUGUCCCCACCAACAGACAAGCGUCCCACGCCCAAGCUCAACCGAAUGAGCGGUACACGAGCAAUGUCCCAAGCGCAAAUGUUUGAAUCCUGGGCUAUGGGACAGCCUCCGAAGAACGAGACCACAUUCGCAAAAGCUGAAUUUCGUCCAACAAGUAACGUGCCAUCCCUCUCUGAUCCUGCUUCAGACUACUCGGAUUCACCUAAGAUUGACGAGGAUGAGAUCUUGCAAAUGUACGGAGAACUCAAGGCUUCAUCGCCAUUGGUGUCCACGCCGCCGCAACUUGAAAAGACGCAAUUGCAGCCAAGUGCCCCGCUCGUUGCUUCUGACCCCGCUGUGUUUGCAAGGCUUUCUUCGGGGUCGUCCACGACUUCUGAUCCGGCGGUGGUCAAGGAUGGGCCUGAUGAACAAAACCUUCUGCAGCGGAAGAAAUCCUUGAAGGGACCGUCGACAACUGUGCCUAACGAUACUUUACCUCCGUUACCAGUGGGACUGUUUAGAGGGAAUAGUCAGCGGCGCAAUUCACCCGAUCGAGAACGGUCCGGAUCAGAACCACUGAAUCGUAAGCAAGGCUUGACGUUUUCGCGCACUCGAGAUACAUCUCCAGAUCAACAGCGACGACCAAGUGCCACCACGUCGCGAGACUCACCGAGAAGUACCAGAACCACCAGACCUCCCGGUCCAAGAGAUUCACCUGUACCACGCGACCGAAACGACUCAACAUCCUCACAAUCACAGCGCGGCGAAACCCCCAGAUCAUCACCCAUCCUACGACAAAGAGCAGACCCUCCAUUGCAACGCGGCGAGCGACCCUCUCCUAGACCUUUAGCUCGCACAAACACAGCACCAGUCCGCAACGGCGUGGACCGCAGUAGAACAACCUCGAGCCUAUAUCGCGAGAUUGAUGACAUGGUCAGUACGGGUAGAGAUAGGAGUGACAGCACGGCGAGCAACGCGAGCACAAGUAAUACGAGUAGUACUAGGAUGAAUGGAUCGAGGAAUGAAGGCAGAGAGCCACCGCUGAGACGGACGGUGACCGCUCGAGAAAUGCCUAGCGGACGGCGCAAUGAGAGCGGUAGGUCGACGAGCGAGAGGACGAGGGAAGGGACUAGAGAUUUUGCUAGGAGGGGGGAGAGGGAGGCGGAGAGAAGGAUUUGA